GGCUUCCUUGGUGAUACGUGGAAUAUGACACCACAAACGGUACGUAACACUGAACUACUAUGUCCGACACCAAUUGGUCGAUGCAACGAAACAUUGCUGAGCAAUGGUGUUGUCAUGAACGGCAACGCUCAACGAAUUGCAUCCACAGUUCCAUCAGCCGCAUCAACCUUAUCAGCAAAUCUAGCAGUGAACAACAUCGCUGGUGCCACUGAAGCAAGUACUGAUAGCAACAGUGCUAUUGUGUGUGGUACUACAGCAGCAGCAGCCGCAGUUGCAGGCCUAAUGGCCACAUCAUCAAUAACAAGUGCUUCUUCGUAUUGA